AUGUCAGAACUCGGAUAUCAGCGCCCAGUCACCUUCAAAGACGUCACUUCUCAGGCGGCCGAGUCUUCGAAGCGCUUCGAGGAGGCAAGGUGGAGGGCUCUCAAUCUCGAGGAUGAUCAACGGAAACGACGGCGUACGGAGCCACUUCAGAAAACUUCCUCCACCUCCCAGGGUCUCUCCGGCGAUGUGACGGACCUACCGGAGAGCAUUAAUGCUGCAACGGGGCAAACACUAGCUCCUAUACCCCCUUGUUACUCCGACCAUACCGGAACAUCGCUUGGCGGCUCUUUCACCUUGCCGUGGGCCCUGUUCGACAACUUCGACACGACUUACGGUUUUGCCUCCAAUGCCCUUCUUCCGGAAGACCAAUCCCAUGGCAGAGCAGUCAUUUCGGAAGAGGACCCACUUGACCAGGACCACACGACAGCCGCCAAACCAAUCAAUAACUCCCUUGCCGUAUCAAGGGGAGGACGGGGUGAUCCACCGCCGGCAUUUACAGAACCCUCGAGCCCUGCUUUGACACCAACACCUUGGGACGAGUUCAUCGUUUCCGAAAGGUCGUCAUCUGGUUCAACAGGAUCCCCGCCGUCGCCCUUGGGCGAGCCAACAACCGACUGCCAACUUUCCCUGCCUCUAGAGGAGGUGCUGAUUCAACACUUCGACCAGAACGUCAUUCCUUCCAUACCCGUGGCUCUCGCCUUCCCGAGCCUCUUCCGCCAAAGUAGCUUUUUUCGAUUUGCCGUGCUAGCACUUGCCGCCAGCAACUUGAAGUUGACGCGCCCCCUUCCACUAGACUCGAAGAUCCUUCGAGAAGCUUGUCAUGACAAGAGCGUGUGGCUUUACUAUGACACAGCGGUCAAGGGCCUGCAAGAUCAAUUGCAGCAUGUGGAAACCCACCACGGAGAGGAGUUGGCGGGUGCGGCAUUGCUUCUUGCGUAUCACGAAAUCGAGGCAGGGACGGCUUUGGGUAUCCGAAACCACGCUACCGGCCUUGACGCCAUCGCCUUAAAGUUGGACUUUGCCGCUUCCUCGGUACCCGAUCUCUUCAAGGCCUGGCGCAUGCUUCGAUACGACGUGCGAUUCAUGAUGACACCAACAAGGAGGACUUACAACGCUGUAGACAGCUUUGAUAUCUCCAGUCUACUCGACCCCCAGCUUGCCAUCCGAGAUAUCCUGUUGAGACUCUGGGGUCUGCACGCCAGGUUUGCGAUGGAGGCUACAUUCGCCCAAGACACCACCAUCGACGGCGCCAGUGCAUCCGAAAAGGCCGCAUCGUGGCUGUUGUCGGUGCUCGGCCGGAAAUGCGAUCACCGUAAUUUCCAUCUUCGUGACUUCCACAGAGAAAACCUCACGUCGGGCUUCAUCCUCCAACAGUGCGAUGUCUUCACCCGCCGUCUGGACAACUGGCACAAGGCGUUGUGCGACCACGACAUGCCCAUCGUCAAGCUGGGCAACGAUUCGGACAUAGUCAGCGGUCCUACCUUCGAAAGCUUUGUCACGUACAGAUUCGCGAAUGAUGGCAAGGCCUUGGAGUAUGCCAUGUACCUUGUCUGCCGCAUGGCAUGCAGCUAUCUUCGCUCCUUGUUCGACUCCUCUAUCGCAUCAUCGGCGACCGACGCUUUGGGCAAGGUGCUUCUCGGAAUUGUCUGUGGUAUGAACAUUCAGCAGAGACAACAGUUUACAGUUUUUCGGGUCGACGUUGUGCUUAGGAUGGCUGCAAGCAUGUCCGAGGGAACCAACUUCAUAACAACGAUCCUCGACUGUCUUCUGCCCAAGCUCAUGGCGUUGGGCCUCACUGGGCCCGAUAUUGUUGCUUGGGUUCAUCUCAAGUCGUCCCUAGAGCUUGAGCUAAGGGAGAGAAGGAAGGGACGGGUCAUCAGAAUGACCAUCGAUGGGAUCGAAGAGGACUGCGAGAUGUGGCAGAUAGUGAGCGGACAUCCGAUUGCCGCCUUUGGCGACUACAAUGGGAAGGGAUACUUCAGGGACUGUUAUGCCAUCGAGUGCCUGGGAUAA